AUGGGUGAUCAAAUAGAAUUUUUUAACCUCAAGAAUGACGAAAAAGUAGUCUCCCCUUGUCUAACCAUCCAUGGCAAAUUGAACAACAAGGCCUCCAAUGCGAAGAAUAUUCAGGUCCAGCAUCCUCAAUUACCUACUCUAACUUUCCCAAUUAAUACACAGUAUUUCAAAGCUACUAUUUUGCUAACUCCAGGUGAAAAUGUUCUGACAUUUAUAACCGAUACCAACGUUGUCGAAAGCAUUACUUGUACCUAUACACCAUUGACUCAGAACAAGCCAAUCCAUUUGUGUUUGAUAGUCGCAAAGGAUUCUUCACUGAAAUUUGAUUCUCCUAAGAGUCAGGUGGCCAAAGAAGGUGGUCAUGAUCUAAAUAUAGCGGUCAAGAAGUUACGUGUUGCGGCUAGACUAAUGCAAGCUUACACCAAUGAACAGAUGAUGCGUAAUGGUUUUGGUAACCGUACAAUGAAUUUUGUUGAAGAAUUUACAUAUGAUACACAAUUUAAAACUAACCAAACAAUGAGAAAUACCGUAAAGGUCCAUAUUGUAAGAUCUCAAAGGUCCCUAAAAGAAAUUAGAGAUCCUAAUGUUGCUCAGCAAAACAGUAAAGGUAAUAACACAGGCGCAUUAUUCGGCUGGGCUAUGGAUGCGUUGAGAAAUUAUGGUGGACCAUUUGCACCAAAUGAACCUCCAGUUCAAGCUGCAUGUAUCUAUCUAGAUGGUCAUUGGGAUGGUAAUAUGAUUUUGGGUCAUGCGGCCCUUGGUGGUGGUGAUGAUAAUAUUAAAUUGGCCAUAUUUGGUUCUCACGGUUUAUACUCAUGGCCAACGUGUAUGGAAGAUAUUGUUCCAUAUUUCUUAGAUCCAACUAAAUCGUCCCUGAACGAAGUUGCUAAUGAUUGCAAUGAAUGUGGCUCUCAUUGGGAAUGCCUAACUGUCACACUUGGUGCAUUUAUGCAUGAAGUAGGUCAUUCCUUGGGAUCACCACAUCAAGAAUCGGGUGUAAUGUUGAGAGAUUACACUAAAUGGAAUAGAUCAUUCUUGACUCAGGAAUCUUAUUCCGUCAGGACAAACUCAUACGGUGCAAAACCACCUAUUUUUCCAACUGAAGAAUGUACAUGGCAUAGAUUAGAUUUGUUGAGAUUUUUAUUUCAUCCGGCAUUUACUAGAGAAGCUGACUACUAUGAUCAAUCGUUUUAUCGACCUUCUAAAAAUGGACGCUUCUCUGUGCCUAAGCCGGCCAUGUAUCUAUUAGGUAAUAAUUCGUGCAAAUUUUCAUCACAAACAGGUAUAUACUUAAUUGAAAUAAUUGCAGAAGAUUUAACUAGGGGCCAUUUGGAAUAUUUGCCGUUAUCUCUGGGUGGACCAGGACCCCAGAAGGAAGUCGUAGUUUCAUUAAAAGAUCUGCAGAACUUGUUGCCACCAAAUCGUGCAAAAUACAAAGAUUCGUUUAAUAUCAGAGUCCUUGCAUGUAACUCCCCAGAUGCUAACUUUGAUACCUUCCCAAGUUUAUUGAAGGCUUCGAUGAUUCCAAUGGACAAAUAUGGUUUCCCUUCGAAGGUUCAAGGUAUUAAAUCCCAGUUACUUGGUGGUGCCAACCGUGGUACAGAAAUUGAUAUUAUUGGUUUAGAUAUAACUAAAGUUAUUUGUGUUAGAGUGUAUCAUGGUGGUGCGCUUGAUGGUAUACGUUUCUUUUUACAAAAUUCUAAAGAGAGUUCAGCUCCACAACUAUCUGAAAAAAUACCAGUGGUUCCACCAAGAACAUACCUAGGUAAAUUAACUAAUAGUUUUAAGUCAUCUCCUGCUCCACCUGUGAGACCAAGCUCAAAUAAUAAAAGUAUUCUAUUUGGUAAGCAAACUAACAAUUUCACAGAUGUUACCUUGGAACCAAAUGAAAUAAUUACAGGACUUAACGUAAGAUGUGGUGCAUGGAUUGACGGUGUUCAGUUUAUUACUAACCAUGGUCGUAUGACAGAGAUGUUUGGUAACAAGAAUGGUGGUGGUCUUGCAGAAUUGAUGCCGCCACAGGGCCAGCAAAUUGUUGGUAUAUAUGGUAGGGUCAGUCAAUGGGUGGACGCCGUUGGUAUUGUGUACGCUAAGGUAUAA